AUGACGGCCUCCUCGUCUUCCCCGUCCGCGACGGCGAUCCUCUUCCUCUUCUCCAUCUUCGCCGGCGUCGCUCUUGCGCAGGUGCCCGCCAAGGAUAGGUUCAAGUAUGUGAACCAGGGAGAGUUCGGUCCCUUCAUCACCGAGUACGACGCCAGCUACCGCGCCACCCCGCUGUUUGGCUCCCCCUACCAGCUCAUGUGGUACAAUACCACCCCCGGAGAGUUCUACCUCGGUCUCCGCAUGGGACUGCGCCGCUCGGAGUCGCUGUUCCGGUGGGUGUGGGAUGUUAACAGAGGGAAACCCGUUGGAGAGAACGCCACGCUGACCUUCGGCACCGACGGGAACUUGGUGCUCGCCGAGGCAAAUGGCCGCACCGUCUGGUCCACCGGAACGGCCAACAAGGGCGUCGUGGGAAUCAAGAUCGUCCCCGGUGCCGGAAAUCUCGUGCUUUUCGACAAGAACGGGCGUUUUGUAUGGCAGAGCUUCGAUCAUCCCACAGAUACCCUUCUCCCAGGCCAGUCGCUCCGCCUCACCGGCCCAUCGAAGCUCGUUAGCCGCAAGUCCGAGAAGGAGAACUCCGACGGGAAGUACAGCUUCGUGGUGGAGCCCAAGGGGCUGGCUCUGUACAUGGCGGCCUCCCCGAAACCUCUUCCUUACUUCAACUAUCUGGGAGCCCCCUUCGGCCGGCUCGCCUUCACGACACCGAGCAACAUAACCUUUUUGCCGGAGCCGGAGUCAGACGAUAACUUCGCGUGGGAGUUGAAGUUGGUCCAGAACAACGGCGCCGACAUCCUGGCCCGCCCAAAGUACAACGCCAGCCUCUCAAUCUUGCGGCUGCAGCUGGACGGAAACCUCGUGGCAUUCACCUACUACGAGCCCGUUGAUUCCCAGGCAUGGGAGAGGACCUUCAGCUUCUUCUCGGACAACGGCAUCCUCGAAGGGUGCGAGCUCCCCAGCAAGUGCGGGUCUCUGGGGGUGUGCAAGGACGACAUGUGUGUGGCGUGCCCAACUCCUAAUGGGCUGUUGGGUUGGAGCGAUUCUUGCAGCUCGCCCAAAGAUGGUGCCUGCAAGGCCGCCGCUGGCGCGGCGUACUACAAGGUGGUCGGGGUGGAGAACUUCCUCACCAAGUUCGUCAAAGGACAGACCGUCAAGCUGGACGACUGUAAGAAGAAGUGCAGCGCAGACUGCAAGUGCCUGGGCUUCUUCUUCUGGGAGAAGGAGUCGAAGUGCUGGCUUGCUCCUACCCUGGGCACCCUCAACCAGGUCUCAAACUCCUCUCACGUCGCGUAUAUCAAGUCCUCUUGA